AGCAGGGACACGAUGUCCUCGGCCGCUUGCUGGGACGGCCCCGUGAGAUUCGACGUGUUCGUGGAGGUCGUCGGUGAUCGAAUCCGCCGGCUUCGCGCUCUUGAUCACUUUCCCCCACAACACUAUGGACACCGACGAGUCUACUACAGCCAGCAAGCUCGCUAUGUACCCUGCUGGGCUUGCUCUGGAAACACUUUGGAAGGAGACUGUUGUCGACACGAGGUCGACGCUUUGACUGAGGUGAGUCACUUCGGGACGCACGUCCCGCGCCCUCUUCGCUAUCGACCACCGUCUGCACUGGCCUCGCACACGACCUCGCCGUCUCGCAAGGGCUCUUAAUCGUCGCGCACGCCCCCCAGCGAGCAUGUCGCGCUCGUUCACCAUCCGCGUCCCCGCGACGUCCGCCAACAUCGGGCCCGGCUUCGACGUCGUC